AUGACAGCUAAAGUAUUUGCUUAUUCAGAAUCAAUUGAUGUUGCUACUGCAGUUGGUAAAUAUAUAAUUGAAAAUCAAGAUAAAGCUUUAAAAAAACAUGGUUCAUUCAGUAUUGCAUUAUCUGGUGGUUCAUUAGGUAAAGUUUUAAAAAAAGCUUUAAUUGAGAAUAAAGAAUUAGGUGAAAAAAUUCAAUGGAAUAAAUGGAAUGUAUAUUUUAGUGAUGAAAGAUUGGUUCCUUUAGAUCAUGAAGAUUCAAAUUAUGGAUUAUUUAAUGAAAUGGUUUUGAAAAACUUACCAGACUCAAUUGAAAAACCAAAAGUUCAUACAAUUGAUGAAAAAUUGUUAACUGGUGAAGAUGGUCAAGUUGACGGUGCUGAUAUUUCAAAAGAUAAAGAAAUUGCUAAUGAGUACUCAAAAUUAUUACCUUUUAAAUUUGAUGUUAUCUUAUUAGGCUGUGGUCCUGAUGGUCAUACUUGUUCAUUAUUCCCUGGUCACAAAUUAUUACAAGAAAGAAGUGAAAAAGUUUCAUAUAUUAAUGAUUCUCCUAAACCACCACCAAGAAGAAUUACAAUUACAUUCCCUGUAUUAGAAAAAGCAACUUCAAUUGCUUUCGUUGCUGAAGGGUCCGGUAAAGCACCAAUUUUAAAAGAGAUUUUCACUGAUAAUUCAAGUAGAUUACCAUCAAAACUAGUCAACGAAAUUUCUACAGGUGUACAAAUUAAUUGGUUUGUUGAUUCAUCUGCAAUUGAAGGUGUAGAUGUAUUAACUAGUAAAUAUUAG